CGCAGUGGACGGCAGCGGUUGCGUUGUUAUCCACGGGACUGGCAAAAACGGCGCAGCUGCCCACCAUGGUGUUCCAGCCGACGGCGGCGGGGCCGGCGGCGGCGGCGAGGGAGCUUCCAGCCAUGACAGCCGGCCAAGGUCGCGGCCGACGUGCUGGCGCAGCGCUGCGUUGCUGCUGAUCGCCCUGGCCGCGGCCGCUGCGCUCGCCGCCCACGCGCGGUCCCCCGUGCCAGGUGCCACCAAUCUGCUGGGGUCCCGCGACGCCCGCGGCGGGCAGCGCGGCGCCGUUGGUGCUAGCGGAGCCGAGGCGCUACCCCUGGAGCGGCCGUCAACCGUUGCCGGUUACGCAGGGAACAGCAGGAGCGGCGACGGCAGCAGCAGCAGCGACGCCGGCACCCACCCACCAAGCGGCAGCACCAGCAGCAUCAAUGGCGCUGAGCAGGGCGCAGCCAAGAUUGCCAAAACAAGCAGCCGCAGUAGCGACCACCCAGGCGGCACCCACACACCCGCUGCAGCAGCUCAAAGCGCAGCACCGUCCGCCAUCUGGGCAGCCCGCGGCAACGCCGCACCGGUUGUGCUGCUUUCUGGGGGCCGAACCUCGGCUAUGGCGGGCGACACCUUUGCCGCCGCGGGCUUCAACUGCAUUCCGCCAGAGCGCGAAUUUGAUUGGCUGCCCCAUGCGCUGCCAGGCCUGCAGGAUCGUCAGGGGCCCACGGCGGAGCCAGAGGAGCGGGGGGUGCGGCGGCGGGGCCUGCAGCAGCGGCAGGAGCGGCUGCGACAGCAGCAGCAACAGGAGCAGCAGCAGUACAUCACGCCGAGCAACGCACUGAGGCUUGCACAAACUAGGGGUGCUGGGCCUUCUGGCCGUUCGGUCGCUGCCGCAGAUAGGGCAAUCGGCACGAGCAAAACGCAGGGAGGCGGAGGUGGCACUGUCGCCAGCGGCGCUGACGACAGCGCAAAAGGCGAUGGCGGCAGCCACAGCCGUAGCGGCAGCAGCAGCGGCCCCGGCAGCAGCAGCGACAGCGGCAGCGGAGGUCGCAACGGCAGCGGCGGCAUCGACGAUGGUGUUGGGUGGCGUGAUUUCAGGAUUGCUAUUGUGAACGACGUGCCGUUCCACCACGAGGUCACCCUGGGCGUCGCCCACGCGCUGCAGGGCCGCAGGGACCGCCUCAAGGUGUACCUCCACAAGAGCGUCUUCUCGCCAGACGCGUCCGGCCCCUCCCACGGGCUGCUCCCCUUCCUCCGCCGCAAGCUGCCCAACACCACGCUGGCCGACGCCUACCACAAGCGCGGCAUCGCCCCCGCUGACGUGGUGUUCUUCCUGAGCCCCGAGUUCAACAUUGACUACGUCAGGGAGUUCAUGGAGGCGGCGCGGCCGCGGCUGGUCGUGAUGCGCCUGCGCUACCUGCUGGGUCUGCAUCCCUUCACCGGCGUCGCCACCCUCUCGCCCCACGUGGCCGACAAGCUCAGCAAGCGGCUCAACGGCGCGCAUACGCACUGGAUGCUGCCGAUGCUCCCGGCCGGCUGCGACAGCGGGUGCUUUGAGGGCUUCGCGGUCCAGGGCAAGUUUGAGGGCACGCGGAGGACCUAUUCGACACUGUGGCAGGCCAUGCUCAGCCGCCAGCCGCAGCCCGCCCCGCCUGACCCCGCCGUCGGCGCAGCCGCGGCCCCGCCUGCCGCCAGCCCUCCCUCCCUGCGUCGGCCGCGCGGCCUCGCGGGCGCGGGGGGAGCGGCCGGCGCGGCGCCAGUGCCGCGCAUCAACAUUGUUGGCAGCGGCAAUCUUGCUGCCCUGAAGCUGCCGCGCGGCUUGGCGGGCAGUGUGUACGUGUAUAAGGACCUGGGGUAUGGGGAUUACUACGACACCUUGUGCAGGUCAAUCGCUCUGCUGCCGCUGUUCAACGAGGCCAGCGGCUACCUGCGGGACAAGAUCAGCAGCAGCGUGUCGGCGUCCCUCGCGGCCGGCACGCCGCUGCUCGUGCCGCGGGUGUUCCUGCAGACCUACUCGUACAUGACGGCCGAGCACGUGUUGCUUAUGGAGCCUGGGGAGAGCGAGCUGCAGGCGAUGGAGCGGCUGAUGGGCUCCCCGUCGCUGCCGGACGUGCUGGCGGCGCGCCGCAAGGCGCUGCUCCGCCUGCGGUUCGUCCUGAACCUCCAGGCGGCAGCCAAGCUCGACGCCCUAGUCAAGGCGGCGCAGGGCCGGGCGAAGUCGCCGGGAAAGCACCCGCCGUCGCUGGAGCGGCGCGGCGGCGUGGCCAAGGCGGGAAGUCAAGGUCGAACAGGUGGCGGCAAGGAGAACCUUCUUUCAAAAAUGAACCCGUGA